AUGGAACAGGUGGACCGAGAUCAUCCUCCGCUCUGGCGUUGGGGCUUCGUAUGCGACAUGGCGCGGAUCUUCAAGCUAGCUCGAGAGGUCCAGGCGCAAGGCGGCUCCGGCCCGAACCUUGCGCCCCUUCCGACCGUCGACUUUUCGAGGGACCCAGCCAGCCUACGAAUCGCAUCGGACUCCAAGUCGGCCCUGGGCCCUGACCUGAACAAGAAGGACGGCAAAGCGGCCACCGUGGAGACGCACCGCGUGAUGGCGGUCUUGCUCUGGGGCACGAAGUAUGUGUCCGACUACGUCCGCAUGUACCGCAUGGCCAGCCGGUACAAAUACGUCCACACGGGAGUUACCGGGGAGGACGUCAACGACAUGACGCGCAUCAUCGCGUUUGCGAGUGCCAGGACGUGGGACUUUGGAGACCUGGAUGUCCAACAUGCGAAAGGGGAUCUUCCGGACCGCCGCCGGCUGGAGAGGUUCGAAGAGCUGCUGGGCCCCCCGGCUUGGUACUUGGCCAUCGAGUCCGCAGACAGGGAGGAUCUCGCGCCGCUUCUGCUGAGCGGAGAGUUCCAAGCGGAAGCGGGAAUGCCGGUAGCGCUCACACAGGGCACCGGGUCGUCACAGGAGUAG